CACUGGACGUCAUGAAUGAUCGAACGAUUCAUUGAUCUCUACUUGAUUUAUUUUUCCGUUUCGCCGAAAACGAAGCGUUUUUUUAUUUAAAAUAAUGGACUAAGUGUACUCAAUAGUGUUUGAUCGUUCGUAGAAACAGUAUGGCAGACUACGAGUUUGACGAUUCUGGGAUCUAUCCAUCUCGACCUCUCGAAGAAAGAUGGCCGCCACUAGGAGCAGCGAUGGACUCAAAUGUUCAAGAAAACUCAGAUGAUGCUAAAACAUCAGACCACUUGAAGCUACACGAGCUCCAAGAAGAACAUGAAGAACUGAACUCUUCGCUUAUUUCGCUUACGAAUCAUUUUGCUCAAGUUCAGUUUCGAUUAAAACAAGUGGUUGCAGCACCUCCAGAAGGAAGAGAGCACUUACUUAAAGCUCUGGAGGAAUUUGCAUUUCAAGGCUGCCCUGAUGUAAGGGGUGGCAGUAAGGGCCCAAGCCAGUGUAGCAGUCCUCCUCUAAAAGAUGUCGCAGAUACAGAGGCAGCGAUUGGAAAACAGAAACAGAAACAGGACAGAUUGAUAGGACAGCUGAAACAGCAGCUGGAGGAAAUGGAGAAGUGCGUUGCAGAGGAAGCAAGUAACAGUCUUGGAGAUGAAAUGGAUCCAGAAAAGCUGAUUGAAAAACAAAGGAUAGUUCUUGAGCAACUCAAGGCGAGAACUGGAUUAACACUUGAUGGAUUUGACAAAAUGAGUGAUGACGAUGUUAGACGUAAUGUUGAUUCAGCACUGGGACAAGUCAUGCAUCCCAAGAAAAAGGAAGAACUUGUGAAACAACUUACUUCUCAAAUAAUAGAUCUUGAGAGAUUUGUACAGUUUCUACAAGGUGAAGUUAAUACUGGACAGUCCAAGACUGAGACAACACAUUUACAAUAUCCUUGUUCGUAUCCUGUCCGCGUGUCCGAGACAGAACGGCCUCAAAAAGAAAAGACGAAGCUCAGUAACUCAGCCGCUUUCAAAAGAAGUGCGUCCUCCCUGACAGAAAGCAGAGACCUUGGGUACGAAUGCGAUUACUCCCUUGAUCUGUCCGAGGAAGGCGACAAUGGGUGCUGUCUUCAUGUGCCCCUUACCCCAGAACAGGCGCGCAGCAAGCGAGCUUUUAUCAAAGCUUCAAGCAUCAGUAGAAAAUGUAGCAAGAAUAAAAUACGCGUUAGAUCAAGAUACCGACGAAUGGUCUGCGUCCGAUCUUUACUCACCGCGAUCACCUGACUCAGUUAAAAGCUUUAGUAGACAGAGUUCCAGAAGAUCUAGAGCCAGUUCUGUGUCGUCAGUGGACACAGCUGUCGCUGAAGAAAAAUAUAAUUACCAUCGAGAUGCUGAGCUCAUUAACGCAGUACGUAAAGACCUGGCGAUGUCCCUGAAGGAAGUAAUGCAACAUGGACUAGUGAGGACUGUGGAAAGUCGUCUAAUUUCGUCCAAAUCUCUCGUUGCUUGUAUUGUCCCUACGACCAGAUCUUCACUGCCUCAGGGAAUGCACGUUUGGGAGUUAUUCGAUAGCUAUUACGCAUUGAAGCAUGGCCGCGAGUACAACUCCACACCAGCAAGUCGUUUAUCAGAGGCUUUUGGCAUUGCACUUGAUGGCAGCUGCGCGACUACUGCAAAACAGACGUUGCUAAGAACUCUGCAUCGAAUAAAAACAACGCACGAACCCUGUCGACGAAGCAUGGAUGCCAUGUUCAAGUCAUUAGUCUGCGCAGGACUCAACCAAAAAGCGUUAGUCCAGUGGUGUCGGAUUGUAACCAGAACAUCAACCGUUAUCGAUGAACAUUAUCAGUCUUGGGCAUACGUCAUUAAAUCUGGAAUGACCGAAGCAUUAACAUAUCUUGAACGACUACAGCCCUUUGAUUUCCAUCUACCAGAGGACCUAGCUAUACGACACUUGACAAAAAUCAAUGAUGCUUUUGGGGAACCUUAGAAACCAUGAUAUGAUUAUUAACUGACAAAAUAUAAUGCAGUAUAGGCUAUUUAUUAAAUAAUUAAUUAUGAAACCAUAAUUGGUAAGAAUAUAUUAUAAGAAUAUAAAAAAUUCGAAUCUGUAGAUACUCGUCGCAACGUCCGUUUUUUGCUUUUUUUCAUUCUUUUGUUUGUGUUAGGUGUUUUUGUAAGUUUUUUUUUACAAGUAGUAUACAAAUAAGUUUGCUUUGUUUUUAGAUUGCUGUUCAAAAAUAGACCCUUCUAUUCUCAAAAUUAUCUUGGAUUCGAGGUUAGAGUGCAAACAAUAUAUCCAUGAAACUUUAGUAAUACUAAAUGUACUAAAUAGCACAAUUUCUUGCAAAUUCCAUUGUUUUCUAUUGCUUAAUUAGCACUAUUUUGUACUAUUUUGUAAUUAGUGUUUCACGGAUUAAUUGUUUGCACCCUAAUAUGAAGAUACAAAAUAAAUCACGCUUUUUCUCAAUGGGAUUUGUAUCACUUGUUUUGUAAUUUCAUAUUAGCUUCUAGUCCAUCCGAGAUAAUAAGAGGUGUUUUAGUAUUCCUGCAUAAUGAAGACUGUGCAUCAUAAUUUGAUGUCCAGCAAUAGAACCUUUGCUAUGUCGUCAAAGAAGCUCAAUUUGGAGGACAAAACGAAAUAAUUUCAAUCUCCCUACAAUUGGAAACCGCCCUCAAAUUGAGCUGCAUUCCGAAGUACUGCAAGGGGUCUAUAGUACUUAAUUAAUUGUUGUAAAUCCUCAUCUUAUUUGGAUUUUAUAUGUUGAAGUCUUAAUUUUGACCCCAAUGCUUAACACAGUGAGCAGACAUAGACUUCUUUAUUGAGUUUGAUAAAAAAUGCAUUAUGGUCAAGCUUGGUUACAAACAUUUAUCCUGCCAUAUGUGGUGUUGUUUGUACCCAAGCUACACCACAUGCAUCAUGUUACGGCGCAUCUCAAUCACGCGCGAAAUCGUGAAAAACAUUUUUGAGACAUAAUAGAGUUUUGGUGGACGCCAAUCAAAGUUUUUCGCAGCAUUGUCAGAAAACACAAAGGUCAUGGAAACGCAUUGAUUGACGUCCACCAAAACCCACUUCGUCACGAUGGCAAAUUUUACGAUUUCACGCAUGUGACUGAGAAGCGCUGUAAUCAAAGUCUGAGGCAUGAAGACAAUAAAACAAUGGUCCAGGAUAAUGAAUUUGGAGCUAAACCCUGCAAAACAAGGAUCCCAGAAUACAAUAAAGCUUGCUACACCAAGAAAAACCCAGAAAACUCUUAUCACAGACUAACACAUAAAUGAGUUUUUAUUAUAUAUCUGGGUUGUUGCCACUACUUAAGAACGCAUCAAAGGGAUCUGGCGUGUUUCAAAGCAAUCUGGCGUGAUUCAAAAGUCACGAAUCAUGCCAGAUCCCUUUGUUCACAACUUAAGCCUCACAUCGGUGCAAGUUUUGCAUUUGGCCCAUAGUAGUUGGCAACUAUAUGUAAGCGAUUUUUACAUGGGUAGUGAUCGUUUCACGGAUAUAUAUGGCGUGAAGUCGACUUAGUAAUUCCAAACUCUCAUCCUAAAUCCUUAUAUGUCUAAUACAUGUAAAAAAAAAAUAUUACAAAUAAUAGUUUUGUAACUGGCUUUGCAAGGGUAUCUUAUGGGUUCCUAAUUUGUCUACAAAGUUAAUUGGUGGGACCUAUAUAUAUAAUUUAUUUAGCAUUAUUACUUUUAAGUUAUAAAUAACUUAUGAUGUAAUCUGGGUAUCGAGAAGAAAUAAAUUAAAUGGGAAUUUUCAAAUUGAUUACAA